AGCCACGCCGCGCCUCUGUGGUGAGGGGCGGGGCCUGAGCAAAGAUGGCGGCGCUCGCGGCUGCGGCGGAGCCCCAGGCGUCCGGGGGUCCUCGGCCCCCCGUGUGCCUCUUGGUGUUGGGGAUGGCGGGAUCCGGGAAAACCACCUUUGUCCAGCGGCUCACUGGGCACUUGCACAGCCAAGGUUCCCCGCCCUAUGUGAUCAAUCUGGACCCGGCUGUGCACGAAGUCCCCUUUCCUGCCAACAUUGAUAUUCGUGACACUGUGAAGUAUAAAGAAGUCAUGAAACAAUACGGACUUGGGCCCAACGGCGGUAUAGUGACCUCACUUAAUCUCUUUGCUACCAGAUUUGAUCAGGUGAUGAAAUUUAUCGAGAAGGCCCAGAACAUGUCUAAGGACAACUAUUAUUAUUCAGCUGCCACUGGGCAAGACAGAGUUUUGACUAAUAAUGUUUGGUGUUUGGUUUUCAGCAUCCUGUACAAAACCAAGCUGCCGUUCAUUGUGGUCAUGAAUAAAACUGACAUCAUUGAUCACAGCUUUGCAGUGGAGUGGAUGCAGGAUUUUGAGGCUUUCCAAGAUGCCUUGAAUCAAGAGACUACAUAUGUCAGUAACCUGACUCGUUCAAUGAGCCUGGUGCUAGAUGAAUUCUACAGCUCACUCCGGGUGGUGGGCGUCUCCUCUGUCCUGGGCACUGGCUUGGAUGAACUCUUCGUGCACGUCACCAGUGCUGCUGAGGAGUAUGAGAGGGAGUAUCGUCCUGAAUAUGAGCGUCUAAAGAAAUCAUUGGCCAGUGCACAGAGCCAGCAGCAAAAGGAGCAGCUGGAACGCCUUCGGAAAGAUAUGGGCUCUGUGGCCUUGGACACAGGAGCUGCCAAAGACAGUCUGUCUCCUGUGCUGGAGCCUUCUGACUUGAUUCUGACUCGAGGAACCUUGGAUGAAGAGGACGAGGAAGCGGACAGUGAUACUGAUGACAUUGACCACAGAGUUACAGAAGAAAGUCAUGAAGAGCCAGCAUUCCAGAAUUUUAUGCAAGAAUCAAUGGCACAGUACUGGAAGAGAAACGACAAAUAGGAGACUUUGGGAAACUCCCAUUUGCUUCUAGAAGUCCAGAAUUUUGGAACUCCAGUUGGAGAUGACUAUGAAGGACACUUUUCUUCAGACUCGCAGUUUCUCUUAGUAAGGAAAUCGUACGGCUCAAAUGCAGUCGGGGUAGAAGCCCCUUGGACCGGGAAGCUAAAUGCUGCUUCUCCCUUGGCCUUUCCUUGUUUUUAUGCAACGAAGGAUUAACAUGCAUAGAAGUUCAAGUUUUGUCCUUUGAACUCAAGUGCUCUUGCUGCUGAUGGAUGGGAAGGAACCGGCUUUGCUCGCGACCACUGCAGAUCUCCAUUUCGGAGCCAGAGCCGGAGCCUGUUUCCCUAGCAUCUUGCCUGCCCUUGACUCUACCCCAUGAGCUGCUGUUCUUUGAGCAGGAAUGCAGGAGGGAGGCGUGAGCUUGGCCACAGUGGCAGCGGAGUCUUCUUGGCAACCAUUCAAUGUUAGUACAAACUGUGCCUCACACUGAAAAGCUCAUUAUAGCACAGGUUUGGGGGGAAAAGUGGGGAAAACAUGAUUAAUGAAGAAUUCUAUCGCAAUGGUGACUCGGAUAAAGACUUUAACUUUAUUGUAAGCUGUCUGUCAUGAUUUCAUAUUAGAAAACUAUUUAAUCACAAUUAGAUUCAAUUCUCCUGCUCAACAAUGAGGCUUAAAGCCACAUGUCCAAGCCUGUUUCAAUACAGAGGUGAUGUUUACUGAAAUAAAGUUUCCCGUGUACACAUAAGCUAGUAACCAGGCACAGAGACAGUCCUGUUUGUAUUGAACUUAAUGUAAAAUAUCUCUAGUGAUUUAUUCAAAGGCCAUGGAUUUGGGCCAGGUGCUGUUUCAUAUGCAGCAGUCAUUAUAAAGGUUUGUCCCACCUCCACAGUCUUCACAGGAUCUUAAAACACAGCAUAAGGGCCGGCGCCGUGGGCCUUGUGGCGCCGGCACACUGGGUUCUAGUCCCGGUCGGGGCGCCGGAUCCUGUCCCGGUUGCCCCUCUUCCAGGCCAGCUCUCUGCUAUGGCCCGGAGUGCAGUGGAGGAUGGCCCAGGUGCUUGGGCCCUGCACCCGCAUGGGAGACCAGGAGAAGCACCUGGCUCCUGGCUUCAGAUCAGUGUGGUGCACCAGCCGCGGCGGCCAUUGGAGGGUUAACCAACGGCAAAAAGGAAGACCUUUCUCUCUCUCUCUCUCUCUCACUGUCCACUCUGCCUGUCAAAAAAAAAAAAAAAAAAAAAAAAAAAAAAAAAAAACCCACACACACACAGCAUAGUUCUCUCAAGGAAUUUUAUCCCUGCCUAGUCUACCCUCCAACUUGGUGGUUCAGAGUGUGGCUUCUGUACCAGCAGCUUUGGUGUCACCUGGGAAAUUGUUAAACACAUCUCUCAAAACCUGAAUCAGAAACUCUGUGCUAGGGCCCAGCAAUAUUUAAAAAGUUCUCCAGGUAAUGCUGGUGCACACUAGUCUGAGAACCACUGUCCCAACUCAGCCUGUGACACAAUACCAAGCCAGGGGAAUCUUGGGUACCAAUCCUCACAUGAUUUGCCUUAUUAAAGGGCUCUAAUCUUGACCAUCUGGUGACUGUUUCCCAAUUUAUUCUAAAGCAAUAAAAGUGUUUUUGUUCUACCAUGA